AUGUAUUUACGAAUAUCUCGUGUGCGUUUCGUCAUCGUACGAGUUUGUUUAUUAUUGAUCAUCUUUUUACUUCUAUUGGAAUUUCGUUUAACUUUCAAAACGCCGAGUAUUUCCGCGAUCAAAAACCCAGUUGAAAUCGCAUUUUGGCGAAAAUUACAUAAUCUCGAUAGAUUAUUAACUGAUAAACAAAAAAUCGAACAGAUCGAAUUACUCGAUAAACAACGGAAACGAAAUGAUCUGAAUUGGACAAAUAUAUUCUAUCAUGUUUAUCACAAGAAAACCAAUAAACUCUAUGAAAAAGAUAUGAAAAACAUAGAGAAAUCUCGUUGGGUUGAAACUGAAUCUAGCACACUACAAAAUACUUAUGACAUAUAUGAAGAAACACCGGUUUUUCAACAACCGAAAUUUUGCUCAUCAACGCAGAUCUUUCAUCGUGAAUGCCCGUACAAAAAUUGUCAAUGGAAAUGUAAAAAUCCCUCGACAAAUCAUGAAAAUCAUCGUCGCGCGAGUAUUUUCCAUCAUGUCGACAUUAACAAAGAUGAGAUGCAUACGAAAUUAAAAGUCCGUUCUCCUUACGAUAUUUGGAUUCUGUGGAUCGAUGAAGCGAAUCGUCAAUUGAAACAUCUGAACGAUUAUUACUUCAAUUGGACUCUUAGUUUCCGGCAAGAUUCUGAAGUAUCUAUUGGAACAUAUGGUUUGUUGGUUCCGGAUGAUUCCAAUGACAUUCUUCAUUCCACAAAUAUGUCAGAUUUGAUUCUUUCAUCAGAUUUUCUUUAUAUACUUACUAAUCGGAAUGUCAUCAUCACAGAUUUUGUUUUAGAAAAUCACAUUCUCACGAAUUUUCGUUAUCGUUCGAAACAUGCUCUUUGGUUCGUUUCAAACUGCGAACCCAAAGCUCGUUUGAACUAUUAUAAACAAUUGCAAUACUAUUUUCCAGUUCGUGCUUUCGGCUUGUGUAUUGAUGGCAGCGAUGAAGCAAAAUGUCAAAAGAAUGAUCGAUGUGAAUUUGACCAAUCCCGACUUGCGUUAUUCUACUUAGCAUUUGAAUCGCAAACAUGUACAGAUUAUAUAACGGAGAAAUUCUGGCGUGCACUUUAUUAUGGAAUGAUUCCGAUUGUCUUUGGGCCAAAUAAACAAUCGUAUUUAGAUUUAGGGAUACCCAAGUCGGCGUUUAUCCAUGUCGAUGAUUUCCAGUCGGCGAAACACUUAGGAGAAUAUUUGCACGAAGUUUCUAAUGAUUAUUUUCUCUAUCGAGAAUAUUUCCAAUGGAUGAGUCAAUAUCAAAUCUUCUAUCAAACGUACGAUCUUGAACCCAUACGUAUGUGUGAGUUAUGUAUGAGGUUGAACAUGCAAAAUAGCAAGGAACACCGAUUUUAUCGAGAUAUUCAUCAAUGGCAUCGAGCUGGAUGUUGA